AUGCUCCAGCAGAGCUUCAACCUCUUCCACCCAGAGCGCUCCUCUGCUGCCUGGGACACCACCCUCCUGGAGCAGCUCCGCACUGGAAUCCAUCAGCAGCUGGAAGACCUGGACGCCUGCCUGGGGCAGGUGAUGGAGAGGAAGACUCUGCCUGGGAAGGACGGGCCCCACCCUGGCUGUGAAGAGGUACUUCCAGGGCAUCCAUGUCUACCUGCAAGAGAAGGGAUACAGCGACUGCGCCUGGAAAUCCUCAGAGUGGAGAUGAUGAAAGCCCUCUCGUCAUCAACCAGCUUGCAAGAAAGGUUAAGAAAGAUGGGUGGAGAUCUGAACUCACCUUGA